CAAAAAAUAGUCCCACAUACUCAUCCGGUCUUGCGAAAUAUAAAAUUUCUCAAGAAUUAUCUCAAACAAUUAAAUUCAAAUAUUUCUUCUCUACGAAUCAAUCACCUCAAAUAUUUACAAAUGGUGAUAUUAUAUUUAUUGCAGGUAAAUACAUUGUUGAAAACUCUGAACCAUGCUUUACAAUCGCAUAUUCAAGCAUUGUUGAUAGUAAUAAUCCAAACCGUGAGUUUGAUGCAACUGCUCUUCCUGUAUGUAUACCUCAUUGCAUGUACUCAGUGGUAGUCAAUCGAGAACCGAAAGAGGUUACAGACUUUAUUCAUUUUGGUGCCGAGACCAUUGAAUAUAAUUCUGUUACUA